UUUCAAAAUCCCUGCUUCCGAUCACUUAGUUCUUCGCGUUCGAAAGAUGAUGCAAUCUCGCUACGGGGGAAACAUCGCGAGACCACGCGAGAACCAGCGAGAAUGGGCAUAAUGGCGGCGGACGUAACCACUACGUAAAUUACGACAAAUAUCUCGUAAUAACAACACAAUAAAGCAUGCCACGAAUAAACAAACCACUCUCACAGGGUCUUCAUGAUGUGUUUUAUUAAAUAUUAGUCAGCAAAUGGUACAUAUUGGGGGAUAUAACAAAACUAGAGCCUGAAGUCGCCGUCUUGGCACGACUCAGGUCACUUGCAGUUCUGCUCAGGCUCGUUAGGCGGGAAAAAUGGAGCGAGCGGGAGUUUAAACCAUAGCGCCCCUUAUACAGUUUUCACCCAGGUAAUUUUCCGUUUUUUGUGAAGCUGAAGUAUCAGUUUGAAUCAUACAUUAGAGUUUCUGGUUGGCAAGGUUUUUUUUGACAUGUGAUUUACGCAAGUACGAGGUGUACUUCGUAUUUACGAGGUGUAAACAUUGCCGGCCCCGGUGCCGAACCCGGAAGUGAUACGCACGUACGUACUACAUGUAAAUUACAGAGCUUAGCAAUAAUUUCCCUCGUGUUUCAUGGUUCCAAUACAUUAUUUUAUACCCCCAUAUCAUUUUUUAACAGGUGUAGCUCCCGCUCCAGAGAUGGUGACUAAGUAGCCACCCCCCCCCUCCCCACCCCACCUUUCAGAAUGGCUCAGGUAACUGCAAGUCAACAUUUGAAAAACCUGAGAAACUUGUGCAGGAUUUGUGGUCGGAAUUCCCUUUCAAGAGCCCAGCAAAUAGCGGGACUGUCUUCAUUACCGUGCUACAAAUAUGUGGAAGCUAUCAAACACACCUUUGCAAUUGAUGUUUCAGCAGACAAUAGUGAGCAACACCCCCCCAACUUCUGUUUAAGUUGUAGAAAGAAACUAUCGAACAAGAACGUGAACUACAUAGGAACUGCUCAAGAAGUAUGGCCUUUUCAUUCUGAAACAUGCACUGUGUGUAGCCACUCUAACAGACUUAAAAGGGGCGGUCGCCCUAAGAAGAUGAACUAUGGUGGGAGACCAAAAUCUACAUGCAGGAGUGCCAUGACAGACAUGGAAGUAGGGGAAUAUCAGGUGCAUUUUAAUUCAGAGAUGCAAGAAGUAGGCUUGGAAGCGCCCCCGGCCCCAACAGCCUACGGUGUACUGCCCGUGCCAGUCUUUGCAAGUGUACAGUCCCCCCCACCCUGCGGUGUUCCUGUGAUGCCGGGGUCCGCUUGUGCAAGUGUACAGUCCCCCCCACCCUGUGGUGUUCCUGUGAUGCCGGGGUCCGCUUGUGCAAGUGUACAGUCCCCCCCACCCUGCGGUGUUCCUGUGAUGCCGGGGUCCGCUUGUGCAAGUCUACAGUCCCCCCCACCCUGUGGUGUUCCUGUGAUGCCGGAGUCGGGUUGUGCUGCCUCACCUGCACCAAUACCAGAACCAAUGCACAUUCAACAAGUGAUUGAACAAGUGAAACAACCUGGACCACUGAGGCCAUGGGAGGAUAAGUUGUUGGCUCCUCUUAUCAAGAGGAAGCUGACUUCAUCCUCCCAUGGUCUCAUAAAGUGCAAGACUGGAGGGCAACCCAUAACACUAGUGAAAAUCACAAGUGCACGCAAACCAAGCUCGGAGGCCAGCUCCUCUACUGUAAGAAGAAGGACAAGUGAACUACAGCAGGCACGUGCAGCAGCUAGUGGUGGGGAGGAGCAAGCCCAGCUUGUAAUGGAACUCCGGGCCAUCACGAGACAGGACCUGGCGCGAACACUGCAGGAGCUUAGCUUGGACACCAUCCGCCUCCCAACAGGGCAUCUGCUGGCCGCCGCCGUCGACCUAGGUCUCACCUGGAGUCAGACAAGAAACCUCAAAAGAUGGAUGAAGCAGUAUCACAUUGUGAGUGAAAGUGAGAGAAGUUCCAGGAAGGUGGCAGCAGCUCUGUUAGAGAAACAGGAGGUGGUGGCAGACCUGAUCCCCCUGGUGGUGAAGGGAGAGGGCCAGGGGAAGGUGGUCGAGCUACGGCCCUGUGCAAAAGUGGCCAACCUGGAGGUGUCCAUCUUGGAUAACAUUGAUCGGACGGCCCAAGCAGGACAUCUUGACUGGUACAACCAGCAAAUCCCAGAGGAUGAGGUGUGGAUAAAGGUGCUGGGUGACCAUGGGGGGGACCUAUUCAAGAUGGGUUUCCAGGUUAUGAACCAGCCACACCCGAACGCCAGCACUGCUGUGUUCUGUGCUUUCCAAGCCAAGGAUAGUAGGGAAAACCUGAUGAGCGCCACAAAGGACCUAUGUACUGAGGUGGGAGAGAUGGCUGGGACAAUAUGGACCUCCCCGGAUGGCAGUGAGAAGCACCUGCGGAUUUUCGUGUCCGGUGACUACAUGAUCCUGUCACUGUGGUUUGGACUGUCUGGACCCUGUGGCUCAUAUCCUUGUCUGUACUGUCAAGUACACAAGCAAGACAUGAAGAAAGCCGAACCUGAGCAAGUCCCUGCAAGGCGCACACUCGCGUCGCUAGCUGCGAACCACAGAUCCUUUCAAGAGGAUGGAUGCGGUGACAUUCGGAGGGCAAAGAGCUACAUGAAUGUCAUCGCUCCGCAGAUGUUGGCGAUAGAGACUGACCAGGUGUGCAUACCAGCACUCCAUAUAUCCCUUGGUAUUUUCCAUAAGCUCUUCCGAAUGUUGGAGAAUGAUCUGCGAGAUCUGGAUGUGAUUAUGGGCACUCACAUUUCCAAAGUCACCCUUGCCGACCCUGACGUUGACAGAGCGGAGGUCCUGCUGCACCCUGACCUCUACACGCUGGCUGGGUAUGUGGAGUCGGUGGAGGAGGCACGGCAGUUCGAUGUGGAGGUAGAAGAGUUAGAAGAAGAGAUGGAGGAGAUUGAAGAUCUGCUGGCGUGGGCGAUGUUCCAAGGUCAAGAACACUGCCUCAAUGUCCUGUCCCUCCAACUGCGCUUUCAGAAGAUGGAGAAGCGCAAGGAAGAUCUGAUAUCAAAAGCUGCAGAAGUAAGGGAGCGAGGAGGACUGAAGCUGUCCAACGGCCCGCUCGGCAGCUUGCUGGACCCUGUACUACAGGAGUACAGGGUGAAGCGCCAGGCGUAUCACACUCAGGCCUUCAUAGGAAGCUCCCAUCAGACGCCUGACGUCUAUCACCACUGA